GUUUGCAAAUGCAACCUCAUGACCGCAAAGUCAAAGAUAAAUAGUAUUGAGACAUUUUUAAUAUUGGUACGUAGUUUGAUCUUGCACUUGCUGAGGGGAUCGUACAAUCGUUGUGGCGCGCGCACUCAAAUUCAUAGCAGCAAUUGCAAAAAUCGUUCUAUAUUAAUCGCUGAGCAUCAAUAUUAGAUAAUUGGAUACUAAGACUAACGUGGAAUUGCAAUUGCAUCAGCGUUUUCUUGUUCGAUCGAAUUCGGAGAGGGUUGUUGUUUCUAAGUUGACACUCGUAGACUUUCUUCGUCCGGGUCACGCGAUAUGUUAUUUCCUUCGUUUCGUAUUUUGGGUCGUUUGCAGGAGAUCGCUCGAUGCAGCCGAGAGCCCACCUGGGUGUCAGAGCAAUUAUACUAGAAGCUUGAGUCACGUCGUAGCCAUGUUGAUGCGUUUCUUUAACAUGAGAUAAGUAAUUGAUAGUGCAUUGUUGCAGUUCCAGUUCGUAGCUAAAAUCGUACGAAAAUUACUGUUUGGCUUUUCGCAAAAAAUCGAAAAAAAAAUAUAAAAUCAUGGCCUGGCCCAUUUUGAUGGCAGGAGCGCUGCUUCUGCAGGCGAACGAGGACUGCCAGAAGCACUUCGGAAUUAGCCUACCUGAAGCGGCGACGGCGGCCGUGAACGCAUUGGCGGAGGUAGUCCAAUCCGUAUGGGACGAGCCUUGGAGCGAGGAGUUCACUACUGGCAUGCCUAGUUCUCUCCUCGGGGGCGGCUCUGUGGCAGACGACGCGGGGACGGCUCUGGGGCACUGGCAAUGGUCAGAAGAGGCGCGCGGUGACCGCGCGCCCACCGGUGACAAAGCAUUUCCAUUUGAGUUCGGUCAAGCUCGAGAUGAUGAAGUCAACAAGAGUGUUGAUGAAGAUGGACGAGCUUUGGUCCUGCACGUGAACUACAACCACAACCAGCAGCAGCAGCAGCAGCUGGUACCUGGCCUUAGCGCCGAUCUUGCGUGGUACCCAUUGCUCUGGCGCACUGCGAGCACGCAGGACUACCAUCAAGUGCACCAUCACAAUCAAGGAGUCGGCAAACGCCGUCGUAAGGCCGCCCGCCGGUCCACACUGGUGUACAGUGACCCCUUCGUCCAGGUGCACGAGCACGUAUGUCGUCCCUGCGCGUUAUGGACUGCAGCCACAGCCACACCCCGACCGAGUUCAUCAAAUAACGCAAUUGGAGCUGGACAAGCACGUGAAACAGACACUCGCGUCUGCUUUUUCCACCAACACUACAGCUCUAUCGACGUGGUUGAGCGAGAUGCUCCUCGCAACCUGUGUAAGCUGCCAUGCGUCGUCCGGCUCCAUGCUGCAACUUGUCCCUUUGCGACACCAGAGCCACUUCUUCUUACGAAUUCCUCAAAUGAUAAGCAGUUGCAGGAGAGCAGUGCGCGUGCGGGGGGUAGAAGUGCUUACGCAAAGCAGAACAACUAUGCGGGGGACCGUGGUUAUCCGGCUAGUAACAGUUGUAGUGCUGCUGCUCGGCCGUCAGCGGACUCGGUGAGGGGGCCGGAAGAUCUUCCUAGGAACCAUGAAGGAGAAGAAACCGUGCUUGUAGUUCACCACGACUUGUUUUUUUGUUCGGGUCUGCAGCUGCACGAAAACGGGGUCUGGCCUGCUGGACACGGACUUUCGCAAACUGCUGGACUCUCGUUCUCGUCGCGGUUCCUGUUAGAAGCUACUACACCAGUUGUAGAGGCAGGCGGGCAAAGUGGUUUUGGUUUUUCAGUAGAUGUAGAAGACGACAGCGUCGAGGUGCAGGUGCCUGAACUCCACCGGCUGCAUCAAACAGGAACACCAAUACGAGUUGCGCUUGAGCUCAUCGCCGACCCCAAGAUAUUGUUUCUGGAUGGUACAGUGUGAUUUUUGUAAUAUAACUAUAGUACUUAGAAGAUGUUGAUGUUGCAAAGAAUCCUAUCCUUAAUUCAUUGCGCGAAAUCUUUUCCCUUUUCGCUCACCCUGAAUGACUGUGACUGAGGCGCUAGUAUAAUCCGAGACAUACACGACGUCGACGACUACAUCCUCAACACACGACAGAACCAACUUCCGGCCUGGACUCCUUUUCGCCCCUGCAAAUGCUCAUCAAUCCGAACGCGAUCCGCGAAGACGCAGCAGCAGCAGACCGUGAAAACCGCAUAAGAAAACGCCGAAUUGAAGGAGAAGCUGGGUCCGACGAUCCGAUCUUCGGAAUGGGUGUUGGUAGUAAAGUAGCGGCGAACUACGGCAGUGAUUCUCCUUCUAGAUCUCGUGGUUGUGCUGGAAUAAAUAAGCGAAAUGAAGAAACAACAGCAGGAGCUGCGAUCGUUCCACCUGCGCAUCCUUCUGGUGCAGAUUUCGCUACAUCGACCUCCUCCAACAGUGUUAACUACACCAGCGUUCUGAAUUCGACCAACCAGCACAGCAGCCAAAACGAUCUGGACUUCGCCCUUGCGGUGCAAAACGCGAGUGCUUUUGACGUGAAUUUUACAACGCAUAACGAAAGAACGCCGUCGCCAUCUACUCGGAGAAAGAACACUAACCCAAAGAGGAUUCCACAAAAUUACGAUGCGAUAAUCAGUCCGGAGGGCCAAGCUGCAGGACCACUUGGAGGUGAAGUAGAAGCUGUUCCUGCUGGUACAAAUAAAAGUUCUGGUGCGGCAACACCUAGACCAGAAAUUCUGAGCAGGAACCGCCCUGUUGUUCCCCAACUCCUAGGGCCAGAUGCAGAUGAGGAAUUUCUGAAGCGAACUACCUCCACUACCACCUCCAGUCCGGGUGACAUCUCCCGCGCCGGGCAAAGAAUGCCACGAAUCGCAAGGGGCCACGAAUCCCAAGGUGAAGAUGCACGAGCACAACGUAUAUUGGAGCAAGCUCGGUUCGGUGUCCAUGUUGCAGGAAUUAUUGAGGAUCGUGUGGUCGAGUAUAUCAUAUCCGUGGCCGUGCCCGUCGGUUCUGCGCUGGCAAGCGCCUUUUUGAUGUUCUGGCUCCUGCACUUGCUCCUCUUGCGGUGCAGCAGUUGGCUCCAAGACCGGCGACGGCUUCAGUGCGAGCGAAACUUGAGUCUCCAGAUCGCCAUGAGAAAAUGGGUUGGGGCUCUACGACGAGACCGAGCUUUACGGCUACUUGACGCUUUCGUUCGGGUUGCGCAGUUGAAGCUGAAAAUCUCGUCGCUAUUGAAAAGCGUUCGGAUCAAGCGAGCAACUACGCUUCGUGAGCUGCGUUAUCGGCGAUGGCUGCAGCGAACAAUGCUGUACAUGCACCUCGUGCGGUUUGCUCAUAGUCGCAGAGUGACCGCGUUGCAAAUGAGAAGCGUGGUCUUCAGGCAACGGCAACUCCGCAUCAAGAACAUUGCCGCAUUUACGGGCGUGAUGAUGGCCAAAGUAGUUCUUUCUCGCCAGCUACGGAACAUUCGGGCGAAGAGAUACAGAAGCGCUCGGAUUGCGGUUGCCUUUCGUCGCGUCGUGCUCACAUACCUCUUCAAGAACUACUUGAGCGGACUCAGGAUGCGAGUCGCGGAAAAAACAAGGAGAACCACUAUUGAGGAGGGGCACACUGCAUGGCGGACGAAGGAAUUGAUGUUGUGUGUGAUUUAUUGCCGACUAAGUCUUCUGAGGAUUCACCUGCUCCUGGUCCGUGGUCGACGCCGUCGCAUGAGAAAGCAGCUUGGAGACAUCUGGCGUGCUUGGAAACUCCAACUCCUUGUCCUUGCCAGGUACGCGGUUCUGUCCGGACGCCUUCCCUCAUACAACUUGCACCAAUUGAAAUUCCAUUUCAUCUGCAAGGGGCUUUACCUCGGUCAAGAACAAGAUCAAAUCGGAAAACCGCGGUCGCGACUAGAACUUGUUCACCUUGGCGCGCUCUAUCGAGCUAGGGUGCUUUCCGUACACCUCCGCCGGCUUGCGCGGCAGAAAAGGAAAGCCAGAGUCCUGUCUGCGUUCCGAAACUGGCAGUUUUUGCAGCAAAGGCGAAAACAACUAAAGCAGUUGCUUCAUUCUUGCUUCGACCAAAUGAACCGCCACCUUCCCCUCCCGCAGAGCGGUGCGACGAAAGAGAGGAAAGGCAGCAGCUACACCAAGGUUGAACGAAUAGCAGCAGCUUUAGUAGACCGGCACCUGCGACGCGUGGCACUGUCCCCACCCGUGAACUGUCGUCCGUCAGGCCGUCGGGUUUUCGUCGUAUUCGGGGCUCCAGCGUCAGGCAGACCGUAAUACUAAUAAAUAGAUACAUUAUUUUUUUAUUUUGAAAGUGUUGAAAUUGAUUCAAUUUUUUGUCCUCGCGAGAUUAAAAAUGGCGACACCGACGCGGACAGUUGAUCAAGAUUGAUCAAAGAUCCUGAUGCCCACGCCCGCAGUUGUUACGCUGAUGAUACAUAAGUUGCCGAUGGGGGAAAAUAAUCUUUUCGCAUUCAUCACUCGCAGGGCGGCGAUUCGGGUGUUGACGCAAAGUCUACGCAUUCCGGUGGUAAUUACUGGGGACUGCGUGUAUCGUGAGCAUAACCCCCCUGAUGCCGUAUUUAGUGAUCUGCGCUUGCUCAUGGAUGCAUAUUACCUUCCUGGCUAAUAUAAUGAUAUUGAAUCGGAUGUCGAUAAAUAUUACUAAACAAAUGGGAGUGCGUCCCCGGACCCCUUGUUGAAUCCGAAAAAUGCUGUGGGUCGUGCUAAUAAUUCCUCAACUUUCUCGCGCCCGCUCUUUUUCUCUUGAGAAGAAUGUCCGGCGCGCCCUUCGUUUUUUUUGAGAAGAUUCAAAGGGGGCGCGGGGGUCCGAAAGUUCAAGAAUGUUUAUCAAUAUCCGAUAGAACUUCUGUUUCUGUAGGUGUUUAUGUUUUUCUUUGCCUCUACUCGGGGGCGAGACUUCUCUUAGCUGAAAGUUCGUUGCCGGGAUCGCGAUUGCAAUCGAUUUGGAAAGUAGAAAGAGAAGCUAAGCUGCGAGUCAGUAUGUUAGCGUCCUCAGGCCUAUGUAUUGGUGAUGCAUAUAAUCAUGUUGGCUGGAGGACUCUAAUAAGUACUAAUAUCAUGAUCCCGUGUCGGUUUUGUGUAUCACAGUCACAAAAUGACUGUAAUUCAGGGAGUGUCAGCUUUCCGCUUCCUUCUCCUCCCUAGCAUGGGGUAGGGUCACCGUUUCCGCGUACUUAGCGAGGAGGCAGGACGAAAAUGGGACGCCACCGGGCGAUGGAUUUUCCUUCCUCGCUCCGAGUAGAUAAUCAUAGUUCAUCGCCCUCGUCCUCUGCGUUUCGGGUUGUUGCGCUUAUGUAUGGAUAACACACAACGCAAGGCUGGCGUGGGCGGCGGAUCCCAGGCUCAGGCUGUUCUCCUGUCCUGCGCGCAGAUCGUAUCUCCAACGCUUUCCAUGUUGGUGAGCCGGCGGAUCAUCUACUAGAGCCUUCAACCCAUUUGUGGCGGAGUUGCCGGACGCCGCAAGAAGGGGCUGUACCGGAGACCCUUCAGAUGGGUGUCGCAGAUUUACCAGAGGGCUUACCACCGCAAACUCCUUUUCCGCAUUAGUGUCCGUUGGUUACUUGGUGAGUCAUUUGGUAAGUCAUGUGGUUGGUCAUUGGGUGGGUGACUUGGUCGGUCGCUGGUGGGUUGCUCAUGGGUUGACAAUGGGUCGGCGAUGCGAAAUCUAAAGCAAAAAACUAUGUUUUUACAGCACGUUGAAAAAAUGAGGACCUCCUGCUUCUUUUGCUUUUCUCUACUCUUUCGGCUAUGGCGCUGAAGCUCGGGUCAGGGCGCCUCGUUCCAGGGCCCCUGGUUUGAUAAGAGUUUACCAUUUGUUUUUGUUCAUUCAUCAUCGCUCCGCAUGAUGCUAUUUGGCGUACGCCGCGCACUCUCUUUCCUUUCUAGAUGAUGUAGAUUGAUAGUUGUGCUACUUAGUUUUUUUUAUCCUUUUAUUCCUUGUCCAGAUCCAGAUGAAGUUACAGUUAGUAGUUUAGCACGCGUGGGCCCGUCUUUUCGGACUUGGCCUUGAGAACUGGUUUGCAUGCUGCCGGAAAAUCGCUUCUGCUGCGCAGCUGUUCAGGUGGGUACUUGAAUUUUUUUGGCGCGCUUACAUAUCAACCUGUGGGGCGCAGGGCCACUCCCGAUCACAAGUACUAGUCGAGAGAAAAUGGCGAUGGGGAUGGCGCCUUGUUGUCCGCCUGACCUACCUUCUCUUCGUGACAGCCAUCUGUGGCCUGCUGCACAGGGGGAGGCGAUGAAGCGUGCCGCGGUUCUUGUUAGCAUGUCAAUUUUGUUUGUUUUUUCUUCUUCGUCUUCCUCUUCUUACCUUUCUCUUCUAGGAUCAGUCAGCAGGAUGCGAGAGGAGUCUUCCCGCUCACCUUCGAUCGUUUUGGAACAACACAAUCACAAGAGCGAGUAGAUUGUAGCUACCCCUUCAGCAUGUCAGUGUCCGAAGCUCUACUUUACUUCUUCCUUAUCCCUUCCUUGAUUUGUUUCUUGCGCUCUGCUUGUUCAUGCGAAGCUGUGACUGACUAUUUGUUCUCACUUCGUGUUCGUGCGUUCCUUGCCCUUCCAUUCACAUGCUUUCCCGACUUGCACAAAUUGUGCUUCUUGAUGAUGAUGAUGAGGAUUGUAAUGCAAAUCUUCAUAAUCAGGGAGGCCGGAUGCGGAGGAAUGAUUCACAUUCAUUUAUACAUUUACAUAUAAAAUAAUCGCUUUAUUCCCAUAGUAAGCAUGUUUUGUUAAUUGUGUUGUAUUUGAGCCUCCGUCUGUGGUUGUGUGGGUGUGCAAAGAAAUGCAAGCGCGAGUGCAAAAGCAGGAUUAUCUUGUGUGGCUAAGGGGGUUUUGCACACGAUGCUCUCCGACAAGCCGUUAAAGCAAAGACCCCUGCUGGAAAGCGGUAUUCUUAUUUGUUUAAACGGCAGAAUGAAUUUUUAUUGUAUUGGUAUUUCUUUGAAAAGUGCAAACGCAAAGGAAAGGCGUUAUGGUUAUUUUCGCAUGGCCGAAGUUACUGGCCUCAGUCGUCAUCUUGAGGUUGAUUUAUAGCAGGGGCUGGGCUGCAUGAUCGCGGGCAAGCUCAUUUCCGGCCGUAAGUAAUUUCACUGCAGCACUUCUGAAACAGAACAGGUGCUCGUACGUUGCCGGCGUCAUCUGGCUGGUCGCUCCUAUUAUUUUGCGGCUAGGCAAUGGAUUAAUUAAUUUCAAAACAGGAACUAUUUUAAUAUUUCUUAGCAUAGUGCUUUCUUUUUUUAGUUGUCUUAGGUAGUUUACUUCAAAUGCUUUUAUUGUUGUAACUCUCUUAUCCAUGAGCUGCAUUUGAUUUGUAUUGCUUCUUGAUCUUUUUCUAGCUCUUCUGAGCACAUUGAUUUUCAACCAAAAACAAGCAUUAAAUUUCACCAGGGCCAAACAACAAGUGGACGAAGGAGGCUUAGUUUCCGACAUUGUGGCGUCGCACAUAAUAGAAGACGCCACGUCGCAACUACACACGGGAUUUGUACUAGAUGGGUUCCCGCGCUCAAUCGGGCAAGCGCGGGCUCUUGGCGCAGUCUUGGACAAGAACGGAGAUAGUCUCACGGUGAUAAAUCUCGUGGCAGCCAACGAGGUAGAUGCCGCCUAGGUUUUCGUCUUUCUCUUUCGUGAGUGUUGCACUUGGAAGAUUGAUUUUGUUUGAACAUGAAGAGGUUUAAGGUGGUGCCUGAACGGACUAGAAAACGCCAAGAAUGCAAAAACUCCAUGUGCAUCUGCAUGCAAAUAGUGCGAAUGUGUAACAUUCUCACUGCCGAGUCAGAAACGAUGGUACCUUUUGCCAGGUUCUCGCGGCGAGGAUGCAGGGCACGUGGAUACACCUGGGUUCCGGCAGGCUGUACCACAAAAACGCGGCGCCUAGGCCAGUGAAGAGGAGUCGCGUAGUAGUUUGCAACGUAGCCCUUUUCUGAGGCUCGUCCUUUCAUGUCAUCUACUUAUUGUUCAUUUCUCUGAAUUUUCAUGCCGAAACACUUAAGCCAGUGCCAGACAUAGAUAAGCAGAAACGAUGAAGAGAUUGCGUUUCAGAAAGUGGCACAUAGCUUGCUCUUUUUUCGUAAGGUGCAUGUGGUCGUGAUCGCGUCGGGCAUUAUAGAGGCAUUUGGGACGAUGAGUGCGUUCUCGUCUUCCAUUUUUUUUUGUAUGUCUUCUCGGCUCUGGUAUGAUCAUGAGUCAAUCUAUAGUAUAGCCCAAGGGCCUUAUUUUCGCCAUACUAUGCGAGCCGUUUUGCUCUGUGAUACUGUCGCCAAAAUCGCUUACCGCGGGACCAGAGUACAUGCGCGACGACGUCACCGGUACCUUCAUGAUGAAAUGCAUUCGACAUAUUCUGUGAAGUGCAGUUGCAGUUCUCAAUCUUCCUGAGACAUGACAAAGUAGAAGCUGCGAAGUGUUUUUCUGUUUAUCUCGCUAAAAACGGUUGCGCAUGAUAGAUCAUCUCCCUGCUGCGAGACCUGCAGCCACGACCGCGCUUCUAUAGUGCGCAACGAACAAUGAACGUAGUAAUAAAAAAAGAAAAUAGUAUACUGGACUUAAAAUUUUCUUUUAGGUGAGGCGCUUGUGCAAAGGCCCGGCGACACGGCACACGAGAUUCAGGCAAGACUCGUCGCAUACAACAAGGAGGUCACGCCAUUGUUAGAGUACUACAGGGCACGACAACUAGGUGGAGGCAUGGAGGAAUUCCAUUGCCAUUCUCAUUUUGCGCUGUGUACGAAAAUCCAACACUGGAUUGCGAAAGGGAAGAUGCAGAAUGGACGUACAAUUUAUCACUGAUGUGCAACUAGUGAGUUGAAAAGCUACAAUAUCAACAGCGAGCUCAGGAGCUAUUCCAGCUUCAAGAAAAGUGUAAUUCUAAUUCCUAUUCCAGCAACAGACGAUAAGUCCGCGGAAGCUCCUACUUAUUCCACUGUGUAUACGAAUGUAAUGUUGCAGCUACUUCUGCCUACUCAACGUCAACUCGACUCAUCACAAACUCGAUUAAGUAAUUGUCUCAGUGUCUGUUUUCUUCUUAAUAUUGUUGCUGAUAGAUAGAUUUCCUGUAUAUGUAGCUGAAGUCCCUCAAGAACGUAUUAACAAUCUGGAGCGUCAGACUUGAAGACGGCCGUGUUGUUUGUUUAGUUUACAGUGUGAGAUUGACUGUGGAGCGUCACAAAGAUAAAGCUAAAAACAGGCACGACGCGUCAAGAAUACCCAACAAAGACCAGGAACGUCCGAAUGAGUUUAACAAAGAAUAAAAGAUAGAUAUAUGGCGAAUCACGUCGCGCAAAAAGAGAAAGGCAGUUGUGCCUCUGCUCGUUGCGUCCAUGAUGUAUGUGCAAAUCGAUGCAAUUCCAAGCAGGAGGAGUGGGUC